AUGGAGGAAAAUAAGAAAAACAAUGCGACUUUAAGUGUAGAAGAACUUAAAGUUAAGGGUAAUGAAUGCGUUAAGGAUGGAAAGUAUAUUGAGGCUGUUUUACACUAUACACAGGCUAUAAAAAUGGACCCUAAUAACUACCUCUUAUACAGUAACAGAUCAUUUGCUUUCCUAAAGUUAGAUCAACAUUAUCUCUCACUGCAAGAUGCUAAUGAAACUGUGAGAUUGCAGCCACAGUGGGCUAAGGGAUACUUUCGUCGUGCCGAGGUCGAAGCAGCGAGCGAACUUUACGAUGAAGCUAUAAUAUCAUACACAAGAGCAUUACAACUAGAUCCUCAAAAUGUCAAGUUAAUGGAGUCUAUUAAAAAUAUAUCCGAUAUGCAAAAAAAGAAAAUUAAAUAUAGUCAAAACAUAAUAUGGAUAUGUACUUGUGUGGGUCUUAUCUUUGGAAUUGGCAUUGUUGUUUUGGAUUAUAGUUUAACUGCAAAUCCAACAUUAUCGCAUCCCUUCAGUAUGGUAGCAUUUGCACUUGCUCUUGCGGGCAUGGGCUGGGCAAUUGGAAAGAGUGUAAACCUGAUGAGUUCCUGGAGUGCUGGCAAAUCUCUACAACCUCCAGAAGAUUUAGGUGUAAAUGAAAAUUCGAAUGAAAAAGAAACAGCAGUACCUGAGAAGAAAUCAAAAUACAGUAAGGCACAGGCUAGACAAAGAUAUAAGCAAGGAAAACUUUAG